AUGAGCAACAAGCGGCUGUGCUCGCGUGAACUCCAGCAGGGGGAUACGAAUACCGAGGCCGCAGUGGCCACGUCGGUUUCAGCAUGGGGCUCGCGGCUGCCAUGCGUCAAAGAUGAGCCCGCGCCGAAUGACGCGCUGACUGCUCUACUAACCGCACCAUCUUCAACGACCUUUAAGAUGGUGUCUCUGUAUAACCACAUGGGUGUGGGCAGUCAAGUGACUGCGCACGACGCAUUGACGCUCGCCGACAAGGAAUAUCUGGGGGACGCGGUCGUCGAUUUCCAUAACAUGUGUCCGAACGGGAAAUCAUGGGUGGCCCUUGACAGCAAGGCGUAUGCGUAUGCCAAGCUUCACAAGAAGCCGAUUGGGAGGUGCACAGGCCCGUCUGUGUUCGAGUAUGAUUACAUCGCCGUUCCGGUAUAUGGCGGCUGGGAGUGCGGAGUGUACAUGUGCCAGUAUCUCGAAGCACUGGUGACAGUACCGCCACAAGAUUCCCGUGGGGAUCUUUGUUCUCAUGCCGAGGGGAUGCUGAUUCCCGAGCUGCAGCGCCAGGGUCUCCGCAUACCUCUGCAGCCUGUUCCCAUUAUCGACGACAACGGAUACAUCUGCGUCGACCCUCCCGUGGACAUCCGAAGAGAGCUGCUAGACCACAAGGAGAAGUUGGCUGUGAUUGAGCACGACAUACAGGUUCUGACGGCCAAGAUCGAGUAUCUGGCCAUCCGCAAAGGCGUUACGUCGGACGAGCUGGACGCAGGGGCGCGCCAACACCUUGGUGCCGUGGUGGACACGCGGCUGCAGGUUGAGUUGUCUGACGGUGACAAGCAGGCUUUAGCCGGCUGCACAGAGGAGAUCCUAAGGCUACUCGUGAAGUACAGGCGCUGGAACAGAUGGAGGGAGUGGAGAGCCGCAAUGGCUGGCCUGGACGACGCGCAGCCGGUCGAGACCCGUUCGCGGCGAAAGGGCAGAGUGUCCCGGGCCAUUAGUGACGUUGAGGAGGUGGAGGCGAUCACGCAGACUACAGAGGACCAGCCUAUGGCUGAAGAGCCAGAGGACCGAACAGAGGACUACACGGAUGACGAUGAGUCCGUUGACGAUGAUGCUGUGUAUCAACCUGGAAACGAUACUUUCGACAAAGAUGAUGGAUGGGAGGAUGUCAACCGUGCACAGGGUGUUGCAUGA